AUGCCAAAGUCCAUGCACUCGUACCGGAGCGUCGACGACUACGAUGCCGACGACGACUAUGCUGCCGAGCAGCGAGAACGCGGCGAUACCAUAAGCAGUGCAACGCCCACCUCACCGACGGCCCAUUUCCGCCCACUGAGGCAGAUGCACUCUUCCGAACACGAUCUGUCAAGGUCAAGAGAGAAUCUCACAGAGCGGUCGAGUCUGCUGGGAAAUGUCUAUGGCCAUGGCCACAGCCAGCGUUCGUACAUGAGCUUGCCAGCGACUACGCCUGGUACUCCACGCCCUGGGCAGAAGCGGCAACACAGCCAGCUUCCCACAAGCUCGCGAAUGCGGCCGAGCAGAGCGGGGUCCUUCAAUCACACCUUCAGCCAACGGCUCGUGAACGCCUUGGGCGAACGGCGGGUGGGGCUAGAGGAGAGCAUGCAAUCAGCCAAGGCGUCUCUGUGGCAGGACAACCGCGUGUGGUAUGAUCAGUUCACCUCGACUGACUGGGUGCAUGACAACAUUGCCGACGCAUACCGGGUCAAGGCUCUUCGAAGCCGGAAAGACAUUCGAGGACGAUUGGCAGCCUGGUUUGACGGUGCUCAGGGCUGGAUUCUGGUAGCCCUUAUCGGAAUGCUCACCGCAGUCUGUGCCUACUUGGUCAACACUACGGAAACCACGCUGUUUGACUGGAAGCAAGGCCACUGCACUAGUGGUUGGUCUAAGAGCCGCAAGGUCUGCUGCGAUGGUGCAUCAAUUUGCGACAACUGGGUGCACUGGUCCGAGGUUGUCCGCAGUGACAGGCUGGACCAGGUCCAGACGCAAUAUGCCUUCUUCGUCUUCUCGGUGAUUGCGCUAUCCAUGGCGUCCUGUCUCUUGACUCUGACAACGAAGACCGUCAUCCCCUCAGCCAUCUCGCUCGCUACGCUUGACGAAAAUCUAGGCGCGGAAGUGCGAAGGCUUUCGGAGGACGAAGACGAAGAUGGCAAACAUACCACUAGUGCAGAGUCACGAUUUCAAGAGGCGCAACUCCGCCCACCUAUGGUGUACUACUCCGCUGCUGGCAGUGGUGUAGCCGAAGUCAAGGUCAUCUUGAGUGGAUUCGUCCUUCAUGGCUAUCUCGGUCUUCGAACGCUAGUUAUCAAGACGGUUGCUCUCAUUCUCAGCGUAGCGUCAGGCCUAAGUCUCGGGAAAGAGGGCCCUUAUGUGCACAUUGCGACCUGUAUCGGCAACAUCGCGUGUCGCAUCUUCUCCAAGUACAGCAACAAUGAUGGAAAGCGCAGAGAGAUGUUGAGCGCUAGUGCUGCCAGUGGUGUAGCUGUUGCCUUUGGUGCUCCCAUCGGUGGAGUUUUGUUUAGUUUGGAGGAAGUCAGCUACUACUUUCCGUCGAAAACCCUCUUCAGGACCUUCUUUUGCUGCAUUGCAGCUGCGUUGUCUCUGAAGUUUUUAGACCCUUAUGGAACGAAGAAGAUUGUCCUGUUCGAAGUCCGAUAUCACCUCGACUGGAAGUUCUUUGAACUAGCUACUUUUACUUUUACAGGCGCCGUCGGUGGUGUCCUAGGUGCUCUCUUCAUCAAGGCGUCUCGCUUUUGGGCCCAAACCUUCCGCCGCAUACCCAUCAUAAAGAAACAUCCGCUAUUUGAAGUAUUCCUCGUCGCCUUAGUUACCGGUCUGGUUAGCUUCUGGAACCGUUAUACUAAGCUCCCCGUUACCGAGCUACUCUUUGAGUUGGCUAGCCCAUGCGACACCUACACAGACUCAGGCGACGGUCUCUGUCCGACAAUCGAGCAUAUCCCAAAUGUUCUCAGCGUGCUAUUUAUUGCAUUUGUCAUCAAGGCCAGCCUGACAGUCAUCACCUUUGGCAUCAAGGUACCAGCUGGCAUAUAUGUACCAUCUAUGGUUGUCGGUGGGUUAGCUGGACGUAUCAUAGGCCAUACGGUUCAGCUAGUUGCCCUCCGGUUCAGCCAUCUCGGUUUGUUCGGAAACUGCACUCCUUCUGGCCCACCCGGGUCGUGCGUCGUCCCUGGUGUGUAUGCUAUGGUGGCUGCCGGUGCAACAAUGACCGGCGUCACUCGCCUAACUAUUACUUUGGCCGUCAUACUCUUCGAGCUCACAGGAAGCCUGGAUCACGUACUACCAUUCUCUCUCGGCAUCCUUGUUUCGAAGUGGGUAGCUGAUGCUAUUGAACCGCUCAGCAUCUACGACCUCCUUACAGACAUGAACUCGUACCCUUUCUUAGACAAUAAGGUACGACCGAUCUUUACAUCCGAACUCGGUGACAUCACACCGCGUAUCCGGGAAUCUCAUAUCAUCGACAUCUCAGACGAGUCUCUCAUACCCGCAACUGAGCUCCGCGACAAGCAACGUGGGCUUCAAAUGCUCGGUGAACUUGAUGGUGGUUUAGCUAUUAUCAAGCACGGCAUCCUCGUCGGCUUGAUACCCGCCCCAGACCUCGAGUUUGCACUCGACAAGCUUGAGAACGAGGAGAACACGCUCUGUCUCAUGUCGCCCCAGGAACAUUGGGCAGCAGGUCGAGAGGCGUACGGAGAAGAAGAGCAAGCUAUGUACGAUCCGAGCGACUUCACGCCAUACAUUGAUCCGGCGCCUGUCUCGCUGGAUGUGCAUUCGCCAAUGGAUCUCGUCUACGAGUGCUUCGUCAAGCUAGGACUGCGAUACAUUUGUGUGCUCAGAGAUGGAAAGUAUGCAGGCUUGAUCCACAAGAAGUCUUUCGUCAAGUACAUGAAAGAGCUCGAAUUGCGCGAGAAGAAGACCCACGCCAUUUGA